AUGCGAAGUAAAUGCGCCUUGCCGCAGCCUCUCUGCACGAGCCCCCUGUCACUGUACAGAAAAGCCCAACCGAACCAACACCACCACGUAGAUACCGACAGCCUUGCGUCGCAGCUGGCUACUAAUAACAACUCUUAUCUACCCCUCCCUCAAGGCUCAGGAAAAAACCACCAACGAUCCCCGCAAGCACCGCCACCGUUGAAUGCAGCGCCAUCACACUUGAACAUGCAACUUACCACCUUCCUCUUCACCCUCGUCCAUCUCUUAGCGCUCACCUCCGCAGCAAUGACAGGCAACUUCAUGGGGUUGGGGUCUGUAUUUAACACCACACAGACAACCAUCCAACGUCUCCAACAAGUAGCAGGACAUCUCUCCGAUACAUCCAGUCUGAAUCUUACGGGUCUGAAUGUGACGAACGUGGAUCUGAAUCUGAAUCUGACUCAACUCGCCAACCGGACCGGUUCCUACGUGGAUGCUGCGAAGCCGCAAAUCGCCCGAGCGGGGAAUGCGACAAAAGACUAUGUUGUGAAACAUCCCUACCAGACAAUCUUUAGCAUCGUGGGUAUUGUCUACCCGGGAGGGUUGCUUAACCUGGUGGGAUAUGGUCGGUUGGGGCCAUGGGCAGGGUCGUUGGCAGCAUGGAGCCAAUCCUACCUGGGAAAUCCUGUCGCACGAAGUGUCCGGGCGUGUUUGCAAAGCGCGGCGAUGAAUGGGUAUGCGGCGGCUCCGGUGUUGAACACUGUGCGGGGGGUGUUAGUGUCAGCUGGGGGUUAUAUGGUGUGGAAGGAGGGGUUCAAUAAUGGGAAAGGUGAACAACAAGAGGGAAACGAAGGAAAGGAAGAAUGA